GGAAACCCACCUGGCAAAGAACCGGAGCGGUGAUGGCAGUAAAUCGGAGUAUAAUAAUUAAAAGAAAAAAAAAAAACACAAAGAACCAAACUAGUCGUUGACAUAAAUACAAUAAUAAUACGAGUAAUCAUCAUCGUCAUCUUCUACAGCACACCAUCUAAUCAAAACAAUACAUACAUACAUACAUAUAUAUGUUCCAAAUCAGCAACAACCUUAUUUUAGAGAGAGAAAGAGGUUUUCUGGUCUUAAGUCACAAUCACCACCGUCUAUAUUCAGUAUAACAAAUAAAGGCGGCAUCAUCAUCAUCAUCAGCUCCAGAUCCAAAACAGAAUCCAUUUCCCAAACAAUUUCAUUUCAUUAUUUUAUAUACAUACCAAAUCAAUGGUAUCAUCAGGUUAAAUGGAGAACAAAAUGAGGAUGAAGAACAAAUACAGGAAACCAACUACUUUACAUUACUUUGCAGGAAGCAGAUAUAAGUUCUCCGUUAUCGUAUGCAGCUUUAUUGGAUGCCUUUUUUUGUUCCACUUUUACUUCCUGAAUCAAAGUCAACGCAGUCAAGGUACACUAACACAAAUACACACGAGUCAUCCGUUAUAUCGGGAACUUGUAGAAGUGGAGAACGAGAACAUAAAAAUUCCUCCACCUAGGAAGAGAUCUCCACGUGCUAUCAAACGGAAACCUAAACGACCGACCACUUUGAUUGAAGAGUUUCUUGAUGAAACUUCUCAACUUAGAUACAUAUUCUUUCCUGGUCAAAAGACCGCCAUCGACCCGAUUAAGGAUGCGGGUAAUGAGAGUCUUUAUUAUCAUCCUGGUAGAAUCUGGUUAGAUACCGAUGGCAAUCCUAUUCAAGCUCAUGGAGGAGGUAUACUGUAUGAUGAUCGAUCAAGAACCUACUAUUGGUAUGGUGAAUACAAAGACGGUCCCACUUACCAUGCUCACAAAAAAGCAGCAGCACGGGUUGACAUCAUUGGUGUGGGUUGCUAUUCUUCAAAAGAUCUUUGGACAUGGAAAAACGAAGGUAUUGUGCUAGCAGCAGAAGAAACAGACGAGACUCAUGAUCUUCACAAGUUUAAUGUAUUAGAGAGACCGAAAGUAAUUUAUAAUGAAAAUACGGGUAAAUACAUAAUGUGGAUGCAUAUAGACGAUGCCAAUUACACCAAAGCUUCUGUAGGAACUGCCAUCAGCAAUUCCCCCACUGGUCCCUUUCAGUACAUUAAAAGCACAAGACCACAUGGGUUUGAAAGCAGAGACAUGACCAUCUUCAAAGAUGAUGAUGGUGUGGCGUAUCUUAUAUAUUCUUCAGAAGACAACAGCGAGCUCCAUAUCGGGCCACUCACUCAAGAUUAUCUCGAUGUUACAAAUGUCAUGAGACGGAUUCUGGUGGGCCAGCACCGUGAAGCUCCCGCCCUCUUCAAGUAUGAAGGAAUUUACUACAUGGUCACUUCAGGCUGUACUGGGUGGGCUCCGAAUGAGGCUCUGGCUCAUGCUGCAGAAUCUGUCAUGGGCCCAUGGGAGACGAUGGGGAAUCCAUGUGUUGGUGGUAACAAAAUCUUUCGGCUCACUACGUUUUUUGCCCAAAGCACAUUUGUCCUUCCUUUACAUGGGUUUCCUGGUAUAUUCAUAUUUAUGGCAGACCGAUGGAAUCCUGCAGAUCUAAGGGACUCGAGGUAUGUUUGGUUGCCUUUACUAAUUGGGGGACCAGUAGACCGGCCUCUUGAUUACUCAUUCGGGUUCCCAUUGUGGCCACGGGUCUCCAUUUAUUGGCAUAAAAGAUGGAGACUUCCCUAUAAAUGGAGUAGGAAGAAAUGAUUAAUUGCCACCCACUUAUCUGGGUAUAGUUAUAUUGUGUACAUUAUAUAUACACACUGUUUAGUUACGUAUGAGUGUCCAUAUAGAGAAAUAUUAAUGAGCAUGUCGGACAGUUCGAGCAUGGAGUCAUCUAUCAUUAUGCUUUACUAUAUGUUAAGUAAAUUUUUUGAAUUGCA